GGGGUAGAGAUCGCAUUGACAUCAAAGACUCGUCAAAGACUAUUGCUGCCAAGGACAACACUGGUUUAGCCAUACUUACGUCUGGACAUGUACAUAAGCUGCUCUCGUAUUUCCUAACUUGCGACGCAUAAAAGCUUGAAUGAAUUCCCUGUCGAAAGACUUCAAACACUUCUGUCUUUGUUCGACUGACGCCCCGACGGAACCCGCACACCACAAGCCUAUCCUCAUUAACAAUCUAAUAGGUCAAUCCUUCUCGAAAUGCACCUGCAUACCGAUUCUCCCUUUCGAAUUAUAUUAUCUGCCUUCCUGGCCGCCUUUUGUUGCGCCAUAUCUUCAUGGGCGGCUACCAUUAUGCCUAACGGAGCUGCUUUAGGGGACAUGUGCGAUAACUCCCUUGCCUGUUCGGUAAUCGAUGAAACCUGGCCGAAAAACAAGACCUUUAGUUGUGCCUCGAAAAGCAUCACACCCACUGCGCUCGGUACCGCUACCCAAGCGCUUACGAUUGGUAAACCAAGAAAGAUAGAGAAUGGCACAAGUUGGCCAGCGUCGGCCUCUAGUGGGUGUGCCAACAAUGGUUCUGACUACUCCAAGCAUUCCUACUCGAAUGGCCUAUGGACUAUGUACUACACGAUCCGCACCGUCUGCAAAUGCAAGGGUAAGACUAGGGAUGCAAUGGCUAUGCCAAUGUGCCGUGCGGCUACUUCUCAGGAUGUUUCUGCUUGCAAUCUCGCGAUAUUCAAAUUUUGCUCCGUGGAGAUGAAUGGUUCCCCUUGCACUUGAUAGAAAAAUAUAUACUUGUGGUUAUCGGAUUCCUUGUCAGCCUGCAGGUGAUACUGGUUGGUCAAUACACGGCAUAAAUUAAUCUUUUUUUAUGGAAAAACGUUAUCGUUGCAGUUUGUACCAAAAUAAAUGCGCAAAAAUGCCAAAAAAUACUUUGACCUGAAAGGAUACGUGUGGAAUGAGUAUUUCAUUCAUCCCGUUCCCUUGAGUUGGGAGUAACUUCAUCGUACUUUCCAUGUUUUCCUUGAGAUUUC